AGGCAAGUGGACAAAACAAGAGCGGGAAAAAACAACGCAGGUCGCGAUGGAGAACAAAUACCUGACAAGGCGACAGCCCUUGUCAUUUGCUUGACUCGGGUGAAUGGCGGUCAACCUGAAAGACGGUAUCUGCAAGACAGCAGAACCGCUAGCGGUGUUACCAUUUCGGCUCAGUUGCAUCAAGUUGGCUUGAAGUUUGCGACUCAAGUUGCCGCUUGCCUUGAACACCGUCAACUUCAGUCGUCGCAGGAACCACCUCCACGCCUUUUGGACACCCAAGAGAGAGACGGUAGGUACUACUUGAUGUUUAUGGGUUGGAUGCCUCGAGACUGGCCAGCCCGCCUGGUGGGUUUGACUGCCGCCUCGAAUCCGACCCAUCGUCCUCCCCAAUCGCUGUUUCUGCCAGUUCUCAGACAGCCGUUCAGUGCCUUUGCAUCCCUAGGCAACUGA